AACCUUAUCUCCUCCCUUUCCCAACUAUCUCCCCCUCCUCCUCCCUUUCCUAUCAUCAGCCGUAUCCGCCACGGCUUUCUUCCCCUCCUGUUUCAUCUCCCUCCCAACUACUUGCAAUCUCCUCCUCGCUCUGCACCCACCAAUUUUAGGUUAAUUUUUUACCGGUGAGCACUGGGGUUUCUCUCUUUUGAUUGGCUGGCUUAGCAGAAGUAGUUUUUUAUUUAUUGAAGAUGGCGGUGUUGUUGGAGGACAUUGUUAAGUCUCUGGAGUAUCUCUUGAAGCUUGUCGGAAAGAAAACCCAGGAACAGUCGUAUGUGGAUCCCUCACUUGAUCCGGUCCUCCUCGUUCCGGGUAUUGCCGGUUCUAUUCUCAACUCUGUGGACAACAAGACUGGUAACAAGGAGCGGGUUUGGGUUCGGAUUCUUCGGGCUGAUCACGAGUUCCAGGAUAAGCUUUGGUCUUUCUUCGAUCCCGUUACUGGUAAAACAGUGACCAUAGAUGCUGAUACACAUAUUGAGGUUCCCCAAGACAGAUAUGGCUUAUAUGCUAUUGACUCAUUGGAUCCUGAUAUGGUUAUUGGCUGUGAUUGUGUAUAUUAUUUUCAUGAUAUGAUACUUGAACUUCUCGAAUGGGGAUACCAAGAGGGAACAACACUAUUUGGGUUUGGAUAUGAUUUCCGUCAAAGCAAUCGGUUCCAGGGAACAUUGGAACGCCUCGCAUCAAAGCUUGAGUCUGUGUACACUGCAUCUGGUGGAAGAAAAAUGACCAUUAUAAGUCAUUCCAUGGGUGGGCUUCUUGUAAAAUGUUUUAUGAGCCUGCACAGCGAUAUCUUUGAGAAGUAUGUCAAAACAUGGAUUGCAAUAGCUGCACCAUUUCAAGGUGCACCCGGAUAUGUUACCUCCUCAUUAUUUAAUGGAAUGACAUUUGCUGAAGGUUGGGAACAGAAUUUUUUUGUAUCAAAAUGGAGCAUGCACCAAUUGCUGGUUGAAUGCCCAUCAGUUUAUGAAUUGAUGGGUUGUUUUGAGUUUAAAUGGGACCACCCUCCACUUCUUGAAAUAUGGAGACAGAAAUGUGAUAGUAAUGGAAAUUCCAGGGUAAUACUUGAAUCUCAUCCUCCUGACGAACUUGUUCCCAUUUUUAUUGAGGCUCUUUCGGCAAAUAAGGUCACUGUAGAUGGUGUUGACAUUCCCUUACCAUUCAAUAUGGAAAUAUUAAAAUGGGCAAGCGAGACCGUCAAGAUAUUACACUGUGCUGAGAUGCCCAGUCAAAUCAAAUUCUACAAUGUUUAUGGAACAGGGCUUGAGACACCCCAUAGUGUUUGUUAUGGAAGCGAGGAUGCGCCUGUUACGGAUUUGCAGCAGUUACCUACUCUUGAGGCAAAAUUCAUAAAUGUGGAUGGUGAUGGAACUGUUCCAGCAGAAUCUUCUAAGGCUGAUGGGCUUCGUGCCGAAGCAAGGGUUGGAGUGCCUGGUGAACACAGGGGGAUCCUCUGUGACAGACAUGUCUUCAGAAUUUUGAAGCAUUGGUUGAAAGCAGAUCACGAUCCGUUUUACAAUCCCAUUAAUGACUUUGUGGUUUUACCCACGGCCUUUGAACUUGAAAUCCUCAAGAAGGAAGGUUUGCGGAUUGCAGCCCCUCCUCUCGCAGAGGAUUGGGAAGUCAUUGGUAAUGAUGAAGACUGCUGCGAAGAUGUGGAAGAGAUGAAGCCAUCAGUGACUUCAAUUUGUGCUUCCGUUAACACAGGGAGUGGUGAUACACAAGAACAGCUGCUUGCAAAGGUUGUAAUUAAACCGCCUCAAAAUGAUGGUGAAAAGCUAACUGCGGUGUCUGUGUCAGCAAGUGCUUAGAACACAGCAGCAUGAAACGCACUUAUACGUAUGUAAAUAGUAUUUGCAUCUAUAUAUCCACGUCUGCUGAAGCUCAUUGUAUGUAUACUAUAUUAUAGUGUGCAAAUAUUGACGUGAAAUGUUGUGAUA